CAUUUUGGAAGGAGACCGGGGGAGGCGCGCCGCGUGCACUAACCUAACCGGGCCAGUGCAACUGAAUCUGUCUGUGAGGGACAAUUUACCCCUGACCGAGCCGCGUGAGCAAAACGAUUCCGCGAUUAUUGUAUAGGCUCCACUUCGACGAACGAACGGCUCGGAUCAUCUGAUUGCAUUGAUUUAGGAGGGAUUGUCAUCCGGAUGCUAUUCCGUAGCCUAGCCUACAGAGGGUAGCCUACCAGAGCUAGCUAGAGUGGAUUGUGAUGCGUCAGUGUGUUUGACGGCUUUUCACGUAGGCUAUAUGUAUCUUUGAAGAUAGUGCUGAGAAUGUAACAGCCUAUAUUAAACCAGCUCAUGGGACAGACAAACACAGAGUUGUUAUAGAUUAAGAGAACUGAACACCGUCAGCGCUGACACGCUCAUCACUGUCGGCUUCCUCUGGUGUGGGUAUUGUAUCGUGUCUCUCUUUUCUCUCAUCCUCCUCAUCCUUCUUCCGGCAUCACUGAGGAGGCUGCUGAUGCUGCCGUAGCUCGUGAAAAAAAAUCUCUGUAGCAACUACCUGGACUGGGCUGUGCGUUAUCUAUAGCCCGCUAGAUGCUGUGAAUUAUCCCGCAGGAUUGUGAUUUGGGCUAUACAAGAAGGAAGGCAUCAUAGACAUUGCGUUUCGUUUGCUCCGGUUUGACACCGUCACUGUCGUUAUCAUUGCUUAGGAAAGAGCCAUAGGCUAUUGCAAAAAACUGCUGUUCUAUUAGCUAUUGGAAGGCCUUAUUAUUUGAUAUUGAUUGGACUCUUAAUUAAAAUGAGUAAUGUGUUAUGGGUAAUAUCCGAAUAACAAUCUGAUAUUUGCUGUGUUUUCAAGGAGGUAUUCCGGAGGCAUACAAGUGACAUGUGCCAGAAGCGAUGUCUGACAAACGGUUAGAUGGCCAUACAUAAGGUGGGAGGGAAUUAUUUCUCAUAUAGGCUAGUUCAGGAGUCGCCACAUUCUCAGAGUUAUCAUUUAGGCUAAAUAAAGGCACAAGCUUGCAGAUUAGCUUUUGGCUAUUCAGUUUAUGCGCCAGCAUCGGGGUGCGACCUCAUGAGUUGAAUAUGCUUGCCAGAUGUUGCCUUUGAUGUGAUUCAUUCAGUUGCAUGGGUGCAUAGGCUACUUUGGAUUGCAUUUAUUCAGCAAACAUAUCUACUGACUCCUCCAUUGCUCAACUAAUUAAUUAGUCAGUGCCCCCCUUUGCUCAUAUACCUACUUUAAUAGGCUUACCUACUUCAUAAGAAUACCGGGACUGGGAUACAACACAAACUGUGCUACAAUGAUACCCGGAUCGGCUGCGUCGAUGCUCCCAUCGAUGUCUUCGGAAGACAUUAAACUAUACCAGCAUAACUAUGUCCGCAACUCCCGUGCCAUCGGACUCCUGUGGGCCAUCUUCACCAUCCUGUUCGCCAUCUUGAAUGUGGUGAUCUUCAGCCAGCCCUAUUGGAUCGGGGACGGCGUGGACACCCCACAGGCCGGCUAUUUCGGCCUCUUCCACUUCUGCACCGGCGACGGGAUCCAGAGGGAGCUCGACUGCACAGGGACCUUCACCGAGUUCGCUCAGAUCCCUUCCACCGCGUUCAAGGCCGCGUCGUUCUUCGUCGGGAUGUCAAUGAUGCUGGUGAUAGCUUGCAUUGCUUCUUUCACUCUCUUCUUCCUGUUCUCCACCACCACCGUCUAUAAGAUCUGUGGCUGGAUGCAGGGGGCCUCGGGUGUGUGUCUGGUGAUGGGCUGUAUAAUCUACCCUGAUGGCUGGGACAGUGAUGAGGUGCGGAGGAUGUGCGGUGAGCAGACAGACAAGUACUCCCUGGGAGCGUGCUCCAUGCGUUGGGCUUACAUCCUGGCUAUCAUGGGGGUCCUGAAUGCCCUCAUGCUCUCCUUCCUGGCCUUCGUACUGGGCAACAGGCAGGACGGACUCAUGACCGAGGAACUGCUGGCCGAGAGCAAGGAAGCUGGGAAUGCCUAAAACAUCCAUAGGUGUGUUUCCUAGUGUGUGUGUUCACCGCUCAUCACUCUCCAGCUUUUUACCCAUCAUCCCCAGAAGAGGACAGCACACAAUGGCUGUGGGAGAGAGAAGAAAGAGAGAGAGAGGGGGAGAAAGGAGGGAAGAGGAGGAGAAAUGGAUAGCUGUGGAACUAGACACCUCCACUCCAUUCACACUUGCACGUUCACACUGUAAUAUUCCACCCCUCACCCUCUAGUUUAUAAUAUAUACUGUAUCUGCCAAUGAUAUGUACAUACGUGUGUCUUUGUUGUCCGUCCUGCUCAUAAUCCUAGCCCUAUCGAGCGUCUCUACCCCACACUACUCCCUUAUCACUGAGCCCGUAGAACCCCAGCAGAGACUGACAACCCUUACACAACCGAUAAUCAACCAAGACAGGGACAGAGACUUUGACUGACCAACUGAAGACGUAUGGAUUAUCUGCAAGAAUGUGGAUGGGUUGUACUAGGUUGAAGUAUUAUACAUAUACAAAUACACAAACACGGUAGUACAGUUUACACAUACAUAAAUGCACGUGGGUGAGCAAAUACACACACACACACACACACACAUACUCAUCUAAAGUCACACGUGAAUACAUAUCCUUAGACUUUAACCUUGUAAUAAAUCCAUACGCUAA